AUGUUUCCUUCAGCCCCCUCAGCCCCUUCAGCCCCCUCCCAGGCCCUCCGCAGCCCUUCCAGGCCCCCUCACACCGACCCUGCCCCACUCACCACACCGGCGCCCCUCACACACUCCACCACCCGCCCUCACGCCCGGUCCGGCUCCGCCCAUCUCUUCACGCCCACCAAUCAGCGCAGACGCUUCCAGCAGACCCCGCCCACUCCGCCGGCUCCCGCCACUUCUGCUCCCCCGCGCUCUGGGCUGAGCAUCGCGUUAGGUGCCUGUCGCUCGCUGAUUGCAAUUGUCCAAGCAUCUCCCAAUAGGAGCAAGGGUUGCCAUGGCAGCGGCGUGGGGCCAUUAGCCAAUGAGAAAGCGCAACUGCCAGGACCGGAGCCGCCGCCGGGCAGCGGCCACAGGGAUGGUGAGUGCGGCCCGGCCCGGCCCGGGGGCGGCCUCAAGGCCUGCCCUGCUUCGCUCCGCUCCCGCUUCCCGCUCUUGUGUUGCUGCGCCAAGGCCUCCAGCUUGCCGAAGCCCUCGCAGGGAGGCGCGACCCAGGGGAAGAAAGCGAACCCCACGCUGGAGCUCACCGAGGAGGAGAAGCGGGAUAUCCGAGAGGCUUUCGACCUGUUUGACACGGAUGGCACUGGGUACGUGGAUGUUAAGGAGCUAAAGGUGUCCAUGAGAGCACUUGGGUAUGAACCUAGAAGAGAAGAGAUCAAGAAAAUGGUAUCAGAUAUCGAUAAGGAAGGAACAGGAAAAAUCAGCUUCAGUGGCUUCUUAAGAGUGAUAACACAGAAAAUGGUUGAAAAAGAUUCCAAAGAGGAGAUUCUCAAAGUCUUCAAACUCUUUGAUGACGAUGAAACUGGUAAAAUCUCUUUCAAAAACCUCAAACGUGUCGCCAGAGAGCUGGGGGAGAAUCUCACGGAUGAGGAGCUGCAGGAAAUGAUCGAUGAAGCAGACAGAGACGGGGAUGGGCAAGUGAACGAGCAGGAAUUCCUGAGCAUCAUGAAUGAGACCAGCCUUUACUGAAACAGUUUCACCUCUGUUUUGCACAUAUGUGUAAACAUUUAAUAGGCACCUCACUUUUUUACAGCCUUUAUUUCUUUUCAGACAGCAAAAAAUGUGGGUCAGUGUUCUUGACGUGAAUGUUCUUACACUUGUGUUUGUGAGCAGUUACCAGCUGCAAACCUAUUUAGGUGUAACAAUGUGGCUGCUCCUUCGUGCUCAUAAGAUCUUUACACUCUGUGUAUAGAUCACAUUUGUCAGUGCCGGUGUUCACACCCCUUCUCUGAUUAAAACCCAUGUGUCAAAUGAUUAUGGUUUGGCAAAGAGAGGACUCAAAACCUGAUAGUGCAAAGCUGUUAUUCAGCAGUUGAUGGUUUUAAUUCAGUGCCUUGGUUUGGGUGCAGCUGCAGUGAACUAUUUAUAUGACAUAUAUGCAGGGCUCAGCACUUUAUACUCUGUUUGACAGUGAUUACCCUCCUCCCCAUUUUUAGUAUGUUCUUUAAAAAUAAAGUAAUAAGUAAAUAGACUGCUGCAACUUAUGGUACUGCUUCUCAGUACCCACCUUCGAAGAAAUCUCUUUGCAGCAGGAGAGGAAAGUGGCCAGAGCUGCUGCUGCUGCAAACUCUGGACAGUUGCAGGAAUAUUCAGUGGCUUCACAUAUAAGAUUGUAUUUAAACUAAAGUGUCUUAUUUUAAGCCA